UAGUCAGACAGUGAGGACACGGUGUGCAGUGCAUCCUCAGGCUGACUGCAUGAAGGACUAAAGGGCAGAUAACAGAUUACCCGUGAGGAAGAGAGAAAGAGCAACAUCCAAAACACAACAAACAAAAACAGGAACAGGAGCAGUUGUGUGGACCCACGCUACAAGACGGAGGGGGUGUUACUCUUACUCCCUUCUCUCUUUCUCUAACCUCCCUCUCUCUCUCUCUCUGCCUCUCCCUCUCCUUUUCUCUCCCUCUCUUUCACUCUAUCUGCGUGCUUUCCCCCCACUCUCAUGCUGCUGCUCUGGUGAGCAGUUCGGUGCUCUCCGCUCGGCUGAAUGGAGGCGCAGGGAGGGGCAGUGAGUCCAGAAUCCAACAAAGACAUCCAGAAGCUGCUGAAGCCCUCCAGCUCAGGGGACCUGUCCAAAGAGCCAUCCCAGCAUCCCUCGGGGGCCGAGGAGGGAGGCCUCCUCGGACACAACUCAAGCCUUCUGCAUGUCACCGAGAGAAGACAGCCACUCAGCAGCGUGUCCUCACUGGAGGUGCACUUUGACCUCCUGGACCUGACCGAGCUCACGGACAUGUCUGACCAGGAGCUCGCCGAGGUGUUCGCCGACUCUGACGAGGAGAAUCACAACGAGUCCCCAGCAAGUCACCAGUACCCGGUUCUCCACCGGGGAGGCUACAUGCGCUCUCCCUCCUGGACCCGUUGCAGCAAGGGGGAGCAGGCGCGCGACAAGAAGCACCACAGCGACUCGGACAGCACCGAGCCCUACCUGAAGAUGGAGCGCCCCAAGCAGCCCUGAGAGGCUCAGGCAGAGCCGGAACAGGGGACCGGGCGGAGAGCCAGAACUGCAGAACUCAAGAGCAGAUGUCCGUUUCCGGAGAGGGGUGGGGGGAGAAAAAGAAAUGAAACAGAUGAAACUUUUUAAUGGUGCUAAAGACACAAGACUGUGCUGAUCUUGCUGUGCACUGUAAUGUAGAAUCUAUUAACAAAAGGAAUUAAGUGUGGGUGAACCAUAACACCAUUCAUACAGAGAUCCACGUGCAUUCAUCACUGAAACAGUAUACUUACCAUAUCUCACCAUGCUAUCACAUUUUCAUAUUUAUUUUGCUUUUUGGGAGUGAGAAUUCCAGAGGUGUUGCUCAAGCAGUCUGGAGAGAUUCGGAAGACCAUGUCAAAGGGAGAAAGGUGAUAGAUAUUGACCAUGCAUUCUGCAUUCUGUGCAUUCUGGGUUAUCCACUGAAUGAAUACCCUGAAAGCCCUUUAUUGGGCCAUGCCAGACAAGCUGAAACAUGCCAUGCCAACUGACAGGAUGUAUGUUUUUAAUAUUCUUAUGUAAUAUGAUGCCUUUAAAAGUAGCAGGGCCAUCUUCAAAUUCUAUAUGUGCAGAUUAUAAAAACACCACUGUGCACUCUGCAGUAUUCCUUUCCAUAAGCGUUUGUCAGAUAAAGUCAUGGAAUCAUCUGGCCAAAGUAAACAGACACACAUACUGCUCUUAGGGAUCCAUAAAUGAGCGUUUGUUAGGUAAAGUCACAUAAUGGAAUCAUUUGGCCAAAGUAAACAGACACACAUACUGCUCUUAGGGAUCCAUACAUGAGAUGCAUUUAAUUUCUUAGACCUCAUGUGUAAAAAUUAGCUGGAGAGUUUUAAAAGAAUAAAUCAAAUAAAAUUCCUUUGCAGCUGAA